GUGAUGGCGGCGCGGGCCGCCGUUCUUAGUGCCGCAGCAGAGAUGAGGCCUCGCCCUCGAGCCGCCGUUCGCUGGCCGCUCGGUGCUCGGGGUGUCGUGUGCAAGCACGACCUGCGCAUCAGUGCAGCGCUGCCGUGGCGAGCUGACCGGCGCAGCUACAGUACGCUUCUCUCCGUCUCUAGCUAUAGCAGCCGCCUCUCCGGCGAGCGCGGAGUCAUAUGAGGCCUCUGCAUACUUUGCACUGCCCGCUUCUCUCGCUCCGCCGCUCGCUGCUCGCAGAUGAGCGGGCAGCGAGCGGACGGGGACUGCUGCUCCUUCCGAAGUGCCCGCGGCACCAUCAGCGGGCCGUAGUGCACUUACACCGUUCAAUCAGCAGUUCGUCCCGCACCGCGCUGGCCCCUCUCGUGUGGCCUGGAUCGCCAGCAUCAAGGCUUGCUCAUGCGCACGGCCACGCCGGCCCGCCGCGGUACCGUCCGCUGGCUGGCGGGCCGUGCGAGCGCGUGGCUGCUGUGGGGCCUCGCAAGUCCGCCUGGCGCACCGUGCGCCGCUGCUGAGCGCCUCGAGGUGGGCCCACAAUGCAUCGUCCUCCCGCCGCGAGGAGAGAUGCAGCGCAGCAUCGACGAUCGCACGACAGCAGACAGAGAGAG